UUGUAUCACACUCCAUAAAUAAAUAAGUUUUGUAGCACAUUCUUAAUGGUCCCACCAAAUCUUUGAUUUAUUUAAAAAAUUUGUUUUCUUUAAACAAUAAAAAACGUGGCUGAUAGAAUCUUCUAUCAUUAUCACGAUUUGUCUUAUUAUGUCUCUCUCUCUCUCUUCCAAAAUCGUGAUCUGAUAGUAUAUCUUUUAGGGUUUAGGGUUUCUUUUCUUGCAUGUACACGAUUUGGAAGCAUGAAUCGUGAGGAUCGGCUGAAAAGUGGUCAAACAAGAAUCUUGUUUCAAAUCAUUCCCCAAAAAAAGAAUCUUAUGCAAAUAUUGAGAAGACCGUGCACUAUACACGGCUCUCUCUCUCUCUCUCUCUUCUAUUAUUCAGCUUCCAAAUUCAAAAAAAAAAGAGACAAAAACCUUAAGGACCGUGCACUCCAAAAACUCCAUACACGCCUCUCUCUCUCUCUAAGAAACUCAAGCCCACCGUGCACUCCAUAAACUCAAGCCCACCGUGCACUCCAUAAACUCAAGCCACUAUGAGUUCAACGGAAUCAGAUUACGAUGGGGAAGAACAGCCUGUAGAACGAGGCCAUCGCCCGAGUACAUCGAGGAGGGAAAAAUACCCGACGCCGAAUCCGCCUCCGAGGCAUGUUUGGUUACGUCCGUGCAUGCAAGGUUAUGCCGGACGAAUCAAUCACUAUGUGAAGGACACGACACUGAAGGAAGUGGAGACCUGUCUGACGCACUACCAGCGAUUGGAACAAUUUAAUCAAGGUCCGUUUGGGCAUUUACUUCAGUUGAAGAGGCAGGAUAGUGCGAAUGCCGCACUGCACCAUCUUCUUGCACGGGAGUUGUAUGACGAAGCAUUCGGUCCGUGGGAGAAGUGGUUCCACGUUGGUGGACACGACAUUCGAUUCGGUGCAGUGGAGUAUUGUCUGGUGACGGGGUUGUGUUUCGGGCCAUCCCCGCAGCGUUUUGAUCCUGAUGUGGAUCACCGUGUUGGGAAGCAGAGUCUAUGGCACCGAGUUUUGAAAGGCAAGAAGGUGGAAGUGAAGGAUCUGCGGAAGCGGUUCGUGAGCCGCAGUCUGGGCAACAGUGCCCAGGAUUAUUUGAAGGCGGCCAAUAUUCUCGUGGCGUAUGAUCUCAUCUUCUGUCGGGAUUAUAAAUACGUGCACGAGUGGGUGUGGGCACUGGUAGAGGAAGAUCAGGCAUGGUCCGACUUCCCGUGGGGCUCUUACUCAUUCCAGAUUUUGUGUCAUGGGAUGAGUGUGUUGAAGAAGCAUCCCAACGAGAUUACCGGUAAUAGGAAGACGUACCACUUCUAUGGGCCCAUAUGGGCAUUACAGAUUUGGUCGUACGAGGCCAUUCCGAGGUUGGGCCGCGCGUGUGGGAUGCGUGACACGAGGUUGCAGAUGCCACGAUUGGUGAACUGGACGACUUGGAAGUCGGCUUCUGACUUCACCCACUUUUUUGAUGCUCAUGAGGCUGAGUGUCACCGGACACUCGAACCGGUCGAGGAGGAGAAUGAUUCAUUUUAUUUGCAGACCCUGAGGCAUCCAGAGCCCUUUUCUGUACGAUACCAUCCCGGAGGGAAAUACGCUGGCUUGACAGAGCCAGUUGUACCGGAGCCGCCUCCUCCUGUUAGGCCUCCCCCUGUGCAGAGGAGUAUCUCACGAGCAGAGAGGACUCGUGAGAAGCAGCCUGUCCCUGUCCCGAGGAGUAGCUCACGGGCAGAGAGGGCUCGUGAGAAGCAGCCUGUCCCUGUCCAUGUCGAGCGACAUAGGCAGACGUAUGAGGAGCCAAGUGGCAGCCCGUCGAAGCGGCGCAGGUCAGAGGAGUUUGAUGAUCGCGAGCCUCAGGCAGACCGAGAUGAGGAUUAUUGGAGGCGACGCGAUGAGGACCUGAUUGCCCGUAUCACACAGGAGCAGAUCCGGACUGUGGUCCCAGAGAUGCGGCGCGAGAUACGUCGCGAGCUUGUAGACGACGACUCUGAGCAUGGACUGGUCGCCAAAAUUACGAAGAAGGUCAUAGCCGCUGUGAAGGACAUCUUUGGGAGACGUUCUUCUUCGAGGAGGCAUAGAUCAUCAUCCAGCCAUGCCAGUCGUCAUAGACAUCAGAGUGAGGAGUACGACCAGCCGAGCCCCAGUCGCAGACGGUCUACAUCUCACAUUCCUAGUCCUAGGCGAUCAGAGCGUGAGGAUCCACCUCAUGUUAGCCAUAGGCACUCAGUUGGAGACAUGGAUCCGCCUCGUGGCAGUCAGAGACGCUCAGAGCGUGGAGAGGAUCCACCCCGUGCGAGUCAGCGGCGAUCUGCCUCACGUCACAGUGAGAGGGAGGCAUCUAUGAGGCGAUCAGCCUCACAUCAUGGUGAGGGGCAGACAUCUUUGAGGCGAUCCGCCUCACGUCACAGUGAUCGCCCAGGGCCAUCGGCUGGUUACCACAGUCCAGAGACCCCUGCGCCUAAGGCGGGGGAUUUAAGUGAUGAUCUGAAUUUUUCCUGGACGUCGUCAGAGGAGGAGGCGGGUGAUCGAGAGAGGCCUCAAUUGGUUAUUGACCCGGACUUGCCGUAUGGUAAGGCCCUGGUGAAGGCGAAGAAGCGGGGCUUCAAGGCGUUUAUGAGAUCGCCGCCGGGUACUUAUGUGCAAGUGAUCGAGACGGGUUGGGUGAUGUCGCAGGAGCUAUUCCACAGGAUUCUGAAUCCUCGCGUGGAGUUCGACGGGGAGAUAUUAGACCUCUGGAAUCUGAAGGCUCUCCGACGGCUCCGUCAAAAUCAGCAGUGGAUAGCUCGGGGAGAGACGAGGCUCGUUGCAGGCGUGACACGGGAGAGAACGCCGAUAGCUUUUCUGGAUUUUUAUGAGACCCUUUUCAGAGAGUUCAGGUCGUUGCAUCCGGAUGAGCAAGAUUGGGACAACAUUCGGGAUCGACACGGAUACGAGGAGUGGGUGGUGCCCGAAAAGCUGAUCGCCAUGUUUCAUGGAACUGAUUCAGGCCAUACAUGGCCUUGGUUGGAAGCGAAAGAGAUUUUUGCUAUGUGCAAUCUCGAUAAGAGUCAUUGGUGUACUGUGGUUAUAUCUAUCUCCGCAUGGGAGGUGAGAGUGUAUGACUCACUGAUACAUGUGCAAGGUGCACGAAAGCGUCGAGAAAAUGCAAUGAAGCCAAUCACUCGCCUGAUGCCUAAAUUGCUGCACACUGUGGGUUAUUAUGCACACAAUACCGCGGUGAGGUAUGUUGCCGCUCCAGAUAGGCCUAUGAAAGUCGUCAUUAUGCCAAUCAGAGAGCAAUUCAUCCAAGAAGAUAGUGUAAGUUGUGGUGUGUUUGCAUGUGCCUAUCUGGAUCGUUUGAUUUGUGGCGCACCAACACGUGAGCAGCUGAGGACACCCGCACAGAUACAAAAGUUUCGACAAAUUAUAGCUAUUAGGAUAUGGGAGUUGUGUACGGAUCCUCCCCCUAUUCAUUUCAGUUGAUGAACAUUUUUUUUGUGUUAAAAUACACUUGAUUUGCUGUUGUUUUGUGGUUUGAUUUUAGCUUAUGUUUGGUGGUUUGCUGUUUU